UACCACAAGGCAGUAUCCUAAAAUUAUGCUGUAAAAGAUAUAAAGAUGCUGUAAGUGACUCAGAAACCUAGUGACUUUGUAAUGCAGUUGAUUCUUAGAAUACUGUCACUUUAACAGAAUAGGAGCUAGGAAUGAAGAAAUAUUUAUUAAAUUACUAAAAUAGAAAAUUUAUUGAUACAUGUAAAGUGACAUUUGCUUAAAUAUUGAAAAAUUUGUAGUACUAUUUCCUUGCUUUAGAAAACAUUGGUUACCACUUUUUUUAUUUGUAGCAGUUUGUUUUUGCCUUGAGGCAAGAUGGUUGACUGAGUAGUUGCCACAUUUCUUUUGUACAAAGUCCAUUUCAUAGGCCACCUAGCUUUUAUGCUUAGAAACAUUUCCUUAACGUUAUAUUUCAGUAUUUGGCUAACCUAUAUAGGGUUAAAUUAUAUAGGCUAACUUCUCGGACAAAUAUUUCUAAUAAUUUAUGUAUUUGGUUCUGCAAAUGUAUGCAAAAAUAUAUGUAAAAAGGUAUGCAGAUGCCUUGCAUACUUGAUAUAUGUUAAAUUUUUUUUAAUGUAGACCUUUUUCGUUCUCUUUAAUGACUAUAUGGUAUUCCACCACCCCCCGCUCACCUGGACAACUACAGUAACCUCCUAAAUGGUGUUUCUACUUUGCUAUUGCCCCUUAUUGUCUUUUUUCCCCUUUAUAGCUGCUGGAGUGAAUUUUAGGAAGCCUAAAUCAUACAUCACAUUGCUUCAUGGGCAUCCCAGUACACUUUGGACUUUAUUUUACAUCCUUACUGAUCUGAUUCUCAUCUCUGUCUCUUCAUGGUUCUCUGCCUUCUAGUUACACUGGUGACCUUUCAAAACCUUUACCACAUUGAGCUCAUUCCUUACUUUUCACUCUUUCUCUGCCUGGAGUGUUCUGCCCCAUCUUUACGUGGCCAGCUGCUCCUCCUCUGAUGAAAUGUCUCUUCCUCACAGGCCUUCCCUGACCACCCACUAGAGUAGCACACCUUCUACCUCAUAAACUUGUUUAUUAGUAUUUCUUACUCUAAAUUUUCUUUUAAAUUGCUUAAUUCCCUAACAGUAGAAUAUAAGCUUCACUGUAUGUAUGAUCUUGUUGACUCUCUUACUCAUUGUUAUUGUAAUACCAGUAACAUAAAGGGUGUUUAAAAUUUGUUCAGUGGGUGAAUAUAUGUUCCAUUUAAUGGAUAAAUUAUUUUUUAUUCAGUCUCCUGUUGAUGGACAUUUGAAUAAUUUCCAUCUUUUUCUCUAUGAAUGCCUCACUUGGCAUGCUUCUGACAGUAUUGCCACAGAAUACAUUUCUGUUAUAAAAAUUGAAUUUUUAAGUCAAAGGGUAGUUACACUUUAAUGGAUAGUGGCAGCUUACUAUCAAAAGUUUCUGCUAGUUUCACCAUAUCCUUAUUAGCAGUAGAUAUUAUCAAUCUUUUCAAUCUUUGCCAGUCUGAUAAGCAAAAAGUAAAUGGGUUUAAACAUCCUUUGUAUAUAUUCAUUGCUCACUUUAUGUUUUUCCUUUGAAAUGUUAUUUCUUGUUCUUUCCCUGCAGUAUGAUUCUUUCUUUUUUUGACUUGUUCCCAGUUUUUUGUGUACUAUGGAUAUUAGCCUUUAAUUAUGUUACGCAUGUUCUAGUAUGUUAUUUUUUUAAUUACUUCAAAUGUGAUUUGUUGCUCAGAUUUUAAAAACUACAUACACAAAUUAUCUCAUGUUUCCCUUUUUGGUUUCAAUUUCAACUCAUGCUUUAUCAGUUCAUCGAUUGGGCAUGGUUUUAUUCUUAAUAUAUACCCGUAUUUUAUCUCAUUGUUUUAUUUUUUUACAUGUAAAUAUUUGGUGAAUAUAGGUUUAAUUUUAAUGAAAAAUGAUAGUUGGAAUUACAAGCCCAUUUCUCCUAAUACUUUUAAUCAAGUAAUCCACUAAUUGAAAUAUUACCUUCUUCAUUUAUGAAAUUGCCACAUUAUAUCUGGGUGUUUUUCUGCCUACUACAGUCUCUUACCCAUUUCUUUCCUAAUAAUACAAUACUUGAAUUGCUGUGGUUGUUGAUUUAUAAUGUUAUCUUAAUGAUAACAUCAUAAAUGUGAUGGAACUGGUUCCUCCUUAUAGUUCUUCUUAAAUCAAGAACAAGACAUAUCUUCCCAUUUACUCUCGUAUGUAUCUCAUUUUACUGUUAUGAAUGAAAUCUGUCCUAUUUGUGUAUAGGAAAAUAGUUUUUGUAUGUAAUUGUGAUAUGGCCAGUUUUAUUAAAAAUUUGGUUAAACUAAGUUGUUUUCUGUUCAGCCUUAUCAUACUAUAAAAUCCACAUAAAAUGGGUAUAAAAGUGUCGCAGGACACUGGGCUCAGAUGAUUCUCCCACCUCAGCUUCCCAAGUAGCUGGGACUACAGCGGCAUAUGCCACCACACCCAGCCAAUUUUUAAAUAAGUUUUAAAAAUAGUAUUUUUAGUAGAGACAGGGUUUCACCAUGUUGCCCAGGCUGGUCUUGAACUCCUGGACUCAAACAAUCCACCUGCCUUGGCUUCCCAAAGUGUUGGGAUUACAGGUGUGAGCCACCACACCUGGCCGAAUUGCAGCCAUAUUUAAUACUUUUUUCCAUCCUAUUCCCUUUGCUGCCCCCAGGCCUGCUGUAUUGAUAGCCCGCUAUUAAGAAGCUAGUGUAUACUCUUUGCAUACUUUUACUUCAUAAACUAUAUGAAGCAUUGUUCUGUUUUUUAACUUAAUUGGUAUAAAAUUAUAUUUUGGAAAUUCAGUAUAUUCUGUGAAAAUUAUUUAGAAAAUGUGCCUCUGAGAUAAAGCCUAUUCAGGAUGUAUCUUAAAGGAGAUAGCUGUGCUUUAACAUUAUCAGUCUUUUUGGCUGCUUAUGUUAAUAUAAGUUGGAGAAAAACAGUCUGCUUUUUGUGAUAAUAUGUUCUUGGAGAUGGAGUGAAAGAUUGUUUAAAAACAUUGUCUUUUUUUUCCCCUGAAGUACCAGUACUAUUUAUUUUAGGAUUAUGUUACUGAUCAAAGAUGCUGUGUGGAGUUACUCAUUGGUGAGACUAACAGUAAAUCACACAUGCAAAGGAUGUUACCAUAAUCUAAUUAUUUUAAACAGUAAAAUUAUAUUCUAAGACAUCCAGUUGGCCUAUAUGUGCUAUAUCAAUGACUAUCAAGGGGCUUUUUAUGUAUACUGUAUACACGUACUUCACAAAAAUAUAAAAGGAUGACAUCAAAAAUCUGGCAAGCCAAAAGGCUACAUUACAUGUAGCAAAUAAAUAAGCAUAUGAACUUAUUGGAAUUUAAAACCUUGUAGGAUGGGCGGGUGAUGGUAUGUAUGUUAGAUGUGUGGACGUAUCUAUUAAAAGUUGUGUCAGAUAACAGCUGAUGCUGACAAGCCCUUGGUAAGAUGGCAGCAUGUUCAAUAUGUUCUGUGAAAAUUAUCUCAGUUUAUGAUCUGUCAGUAUUUUGGAGCUAUGCAUGAAAGGACUUAAAAUUCUUACCCUUAAACUCAGUAACAGUGUUUCUAGAACUUCUGGUGAUAUGGGAAAUUAAGAGAAUUAUUUAUAUGCAAAGGUGUUUAUUGCAGCAUUGUUGGAAUAAUAGACAAAAUGGGGAAGAACAAGCUCAGAAUGGAGGAGGUAGCUUAUAGUAUAGACAUACGAUACAAUCCAGAUGAUAAUAUUUUAUAACUGUCUUCACAAGGAAUUUUAUAUUUUUAUUUUUAAAAAUACAUAGCAGUGAGUUUAAUAUACCAAACAUACCAAAAUGUCAUCAUUUACUGUGUGGUGGACUCAUAUGAUAAAUAAAAAUAUUAAUUUAUUUGAGGCAUAUAUUACUUUAUGGCUGAGGAAGGAAGACAGUUAUGAAGAACAGCUCAUUCUGGAAACAUACUAAUUUUUCCCAGCCAUAAAGAGAUUUCCUAUUUCUUUUUUUUUUUUCCAUUUACCUUCUGUUUCCUACCUGUGAAGAUUUCAUACUUCUAAUAACCAUUUGUGUACCUAUUUAAAGACAGUACCAAAGGCAUACAUUUUAGUGUUUGGAGGACCAAGGGUCAUUUGAUGUUUGAUGCUUACUGACUACUCUAGGAUGACAAGACACCUUGAGAACACCCACACCCACACCCUCACCCACCCCCCCCCCACUCCCCCCACCCCACCCACCCCCGCCGAAGAAAGCUGUGAAGGAAGAAAUCAGAAAAGAACCUGGAGUGAGUUGUAACUUAAAAUGUUAGUGUUGCAUGAAAUGUGUUAAAACAGGAAGAUUUGAGGAAACUGCAUACAUUUUCUAGAUGGCAAAGUAUUACUGGUGACAGUUAAUGAAAAUGCAUAUGCAUGUGUUUUUAGAUUUACAAAUUUUACUAAGAACUUUUUAAAAAUCCCUGAAGGUGUAUCAAAAGUUUAUCAUGCUUAUGAAAUAGAGUAGCACUUUCUAACUUUAAAACGGGGAAUAAUUCUUUGGAUCUUGAUUAUUGGAAAAGUGAAUUAUGAAUUGCUGGUAUAAAACUGUGGUUUUAAAAUAUGUCUGCUUUAUAUUUUUAUGUAGCAGAUUUACUCCUAGUUAAUAAUACUCAAACUUCUUGAAAACUAAGGUAAUUAAGAUAAUUCUGUCCUGAUGGGAAGAGGAAAAAUAACUUCAGUGUGAAAUCUAUUAUAUAUUAGUUGUGGCAAGAUUUCUCCCAUUGACUUUGACCAGAGACAUUUAUAGGGUUAAAAUCGGAAAUAGCACGGUGAAUUUUGAAGUAUCCUUUAUAAAUUAUGUAGUUGGAAAGAGUAUUAUGUUCAUAUUGCCAAAAAAAGAUGCAUGGAUGCAUUAGACUGGAUGGAAAAUACACGAGAAGUUGGCUACCCCCUCUUUGUCAAAACAUCACUUGGUGGUGAUAAAGCUGUCAGAAAACACAGCAUUCUAAUGUAGUCUGUAGUUUAAUGAUAAUCUGUGUCUUGAAACAUUUAGCGUAGUACUUAUACAAACCUAGAUGGCAUAGUGUACUGCAUGCCUAGCCUAUAUAGUAUAGCCUGUUGCUCCUAGGGUGUAAAGCUGUAUAGCAUGUUACUAUAGGCAGUUGAAACAGUGGUAUUUAUGUAUCCUUUUUUUUUUUUUUUAAUUCUUUUAAGAGACAGGGUCUUGCUCUGUUGCCCAGGCUGGAUGCAUUGGUGUGAUCAUAGCUCACUAUAACCUUGAACUCCUAAGUGAUCCUCCUUGCCUCAGCCUCCCCAGUGGCUAGGACUACAGGCACAUACUACCACACCUGGCUAAUUUUUAAAAUUUUUUUGUAGAGAUGGAAUUUCGCUGUGUUGUCCAGGCUGGUCUUGGAACUCUUGUGCUGCAGCAAUCCACCCACCUCCCAAAGUGUUAGAAUUACAAGCCACUUCGCCUGGCUUGUUUACCUAAACAUAGAAAAGAUCCAGUAAAAAUACAGAAUUAAAAUCUUGUGGGGCCACUGUAGCAUAUGUAGUCCAUCUUGACUGAAAUGUCAUUAUGCAGUGCAUGAUUGUACUUCAUAAUUUUUAAGCACUCCUCCCUCUUGAUUGGUACUUAGUGGAUUUUAUCAUUUUUGUUUCUUCAAAAUUCUUUCUGAAAUGUCUACUGGUUGGACCUUUGAUCUCCUGAAUUGAUCGUGAUUUCUUCUGUUGUAUUUUUUGUCUUUGUCAUUUUUUUGUACUCUAGGCAGUUUUCUCAAUUUUAGUUUCUAUUCAACUUUUUGUUUUUAUUUAUUCUCUCCAGUAUUUAUGGAGAUACUAAAUUGAAGUGUUCUGUUUCUCUCUCCACCCUACCCCUAGUUUUAAGUUUUAUCUCAGUUUCUAUGGAGUCAGUUUUUUCGUUGCUUUAAAAAAAAUUUUCCUGAAGUGAUUGGUAAGUUUUAGCUAAUUGGGAGCACUAGAAUUGGGCCCUUAAUGGUUGGCAGGGUGUGGUGGAGGAGAGACAGCCCUUAGUCCAAAGGCUCAGGCCAGAAAAAGAAAGAGGAGGGCUUUCCUUUUCCUUUCCGGAGCAGGGUUCUGCCCUAGGUCUUGCUUGGCAGUCUAUUUGAUUUCUUUAGCAGUUAAUGCUCAGUUUUUUGGCAUAUGUGGAUCUGCCUCCAGAGCAGGUACAAGGGUAUUUGAAGUAUACCAUACAACUGUUUUGAAAAUCCAGCGUGGACAAUGGCUACUCAAGCUGAUUUGAUGGAGUUGGACAUGGCCAUGGAACCAGACAGAAAAGCGGCUGUUAGUCACUGGCAGCAACAGUCUUACCUGGACUCUGGAAUCCAUUCUGGUGCCACUACCACAGCUCCUUCUCUGAGUGGUAAAGGCAAUCCUGAGGAAGAGGAUGUGGAUACCUCCCAAGUCCUGUAUGAGUGGGAACAGGGAUUUUCUCAGUCCUUCACUCAAGAACAAGUAGCUGAUAUUGAUGGACAGUAUGCAAUGACUCGAGCUCAGAGGGUACGAGCUGCUAUGUUCCCCGAGACAUUAGAUGAGGGCAUGCAGAUCCCAUCUACACAGUUUGAUGCUGCUCAUCCCACUAAUGUCCAGCGUUUGGCUGAACCAUCACAGAUGCUGAAACAUGCAGUUGUAAACUUGAUUAACUAUCAAGAUGAUGCAGAACUUGCCACACGUGCAAUCCCUGAACUGACAAAACUGCUAAAUGACGAGGACCAGGUGGUGGUUAAUAAGGCUGCAGUUAUGGUCCAUCAGCUUUCUAAAAAGGAAGCUUCCAGACACGCUAUCAUGCGUUCUCCUCAGAUGGUGUCUGCUAUUGUACGUACCAUGCAGAAUACAAAUGAUGUAGAAACAGCUCGUUGUACCGCUGGGACCUUACAUAACCUUUCCCAUCAUCGUGAGGGCUUACUGGCCAUCUUUAAGUCUGGAGGCAUUCCUGCCCUGGUGAAAAUGCUUGGUUCACCAGUGGAUUCUGUGUUGUUUUAUGCCAUUACAACUCUCCACAACCUUUUAUUACAUCAAGAAGGAGCAAAAAUGGCAGUGCGUUUAGCUGGUGGGCUGCAGAAAAUGGUUGCCUUGCUCAACAAAACAAAUGUUAAAUUCUUGGCUAUUACGACAGACUGCCUUCAAAUUUUAGCUUAUGGCAACCAAGAAAGCAAGCUCAUCAUACUGGCUAGUGGUGGACCCCAAGCUUUAGUAAAUAUAAUGAGGACCUAUACUUACGAAAAACUACUGUGGACCACAAGCAGAGUGCUGAAGGUGCUAUCUGUCUGCUCUAGUAAUAAGCCGGCUAUUGUAGAAGCUGGCGGAAUGCAAGCUUUAGGACUUCACCUGACAGAUCCAAGUCAACGUCUUGUUCAGAACUGUCUUUGGACUCUCAGGAAUCUUUCAGAUGCUGCAACUAAACAGGAAGGGAUGGAAGGUCUCCUUGGGACUCUUGUUCAGCUUCUGGGUUCAGAUGAUAUAAAUGUGGUCACCUGUGCAGCUGGAAUUCUUUCUAACCUCACUUGCAAUAAUUAUAAGAACAAGAUGAUGGUCUGCCAAGUGGGUGGUAUAGAGGCUCUUGUGCGUACUGUCCUUCGGGCGGGUGACAGGGAAGACAUCACUGAGCCUGCCAUCUGUGCUCUUCGUCAUCUGACCAGCCGACACCAAGAAGCAGAGAUGGCCCAGAAUGCAGUUCGCCUUCACUAUGGACUACCAGUUGUGGUUAAGCUCUUACACCCACCAUCCCACUGGCCUCUGAUAAAGGCUACUGUUGGAUUGAUUCGAAAUCUUGCCCUUUGUCCCGCAAAUCAUGCACCUUUGCGUGAGCAGGGUGCCAUUCCACGACUAGUUCAGUUGCUUGUUCGUGCACAUCAGGAUACCCAGCGCCGUACGUCCAUGGGUGGGACACAGCAGCAAUUUGUGGAGGGGGUCCGCAUGGAAGAAAUAGUUGAAGGUUGUACCGGAGCCCUUCACAUCCUAGCUCGGGAUGUUCACAACCGAAUUGUUAUCAGAGGACUAAAUACCAUUCCAUUGUUUGUGCAGCUGCUUUAUUCUCCCAUUGAAAACAUCCAAAGAGUAGCUGCAGGGGUCCUCUGUGAACUUGCUCAGGACAAGGAAGCUGCAGAAGCUAUUGAAGCUGAGGGAGCCACAGCUCCUCUGACAGAGUUACUUCACUCUAGGAAUGAAGGUGUGGCGACGUAUGCAGCUGCUGUUUUGUUCCGAAUGUCUGAGGACAAGCCACAAGAUUACAAGAAACGGCUUUCAGUUGAGCUGACCAGCUCUCUCUUCAGAACAGAGCCAAUGGCUUGGAAUGAGACUGCUGAUCUUGGACUUGAUAUUGGUGCCCAGGGAGAACCCCUUGGAUAUCGUCAGGAUGAUCCUAGCUAUCGUUCUUUUCACUCUGGUGGAUAUGGCCAGGAUGCCUUGGGUAUGGACCCCAUGAUGGAACAUGAGAUGGGUGGCCACCACCCUGGUGCUGACUAUCCAGUUGAUGGGCUGCCAGAUCUGGGGCAUGCCCAGGACCUCAUGGAUGGGCUGCCUCCAGGUGACAGCAAUCAGCUGGCCUGGUUUGAUACUGACCUGUAAAUCAUCCUUUAGCUGUAUUGUCUGAACUUGCAUUGUGAUUGGCCUGUAGAGUUGCUGAGAGGGCUCGAGGGGUGGGCUGGUAUCUCAGAAAGUGCCUGACACACUAACCAAGCUGAGUUUCCUAUGGGAACAAUUGAAGUAAACUUUUUGUUCUGGUCCUUUUUGGUCGAGGAGUAACAAUACAAAUGGAUUUUGGGAGUGACUCAAGAAGUGAAGAAUGCACAAGAAUGGAUCACAAGAUGGAAUUUAUCCCUAGCCUUGCUUGUUAAAUUUUUUUUUUUAAAGAAUAUCUGUAAUGGUACUGACUUUGCUUGCUUUGAAGUAGCUCUUUAAUUUUUUUUUUUUUUUUUUUGCAGUAACUGUUUGUUAGUUUUUUAAGUCUCUCGUAGUGUUAAGUUAUAGUGAAUACUGCUACAGCAAUUUCUAAUUUUUAAGAAUUGAGUAAUGGUGUAGAACACUAAUUCAUAAUCACUCUAAUUGUAAUCUGAAUAAAGUGUAACAUUGUGUAGCCUUUUUGUAUAAAAUAGACAAAUAGAAAAUGGUCCAAUUAGUUUCCUUUUUAAUAUGCUUAAAAUAAGCAGGUGGAUCUAUUUCACGUUUUUGAUCAAAAACUAUUUGGGAUAUGUAUGGGUAGGGUAAAUCAGUAAGAGGUGUUAUUUGGAACCUUGUUUUGGACAGUUUACCAGUUGCCUUUUAUCCCAAAGUUGUUGUAACCUGCUGUGAUACAAUGCUUCAAGAGAAAAUGCGGUUAUAAAAAAUGGUUCAGAAUUAAACUUUUAAUUCAUUCAA